AUGAAUGCGCCUCCUCCGGCCUUGCAGAAGUGCGAGCCCUUGUCAAAGAAGAGUUCUGCCGGAGAGGGAAGCGGCCUGCUUGUGAUACAAGAGGCCAGCGAGACUUCGCACGACUUGCGCACGACUUGGCAGAGACCCCACGCGUCGACCGGAACGGUUGUGGGUUCGGGAAGGACGAAGGAGGCUAUGUGGGGAUGGAUGACCGAAUAUACAUCCAAUGGCCCGGAAAUGGCGCAAUAUCCACCACUGCUCAAUGCGGAAGCGAAAGGGGGACAUCUAACGUCUUUAUCCAGUGUGGUCCUUUUUUCGUUGUAA